AAAGUUGGUGAAGAUGAGUGGUUCACAAAACAAAAUGUUUACAAAUUCCUCUGUAUUGGUUUUGGUGGAUCCAUGUGUACAGGAAACUUGGUUGGAGAAUGCUCUUCUGUCCGUCUGCUACCUGAUGGGCCUUUCUGUAGGAGGUCUAGGAAACAUCCUAGCUCUCUCAUUGUUUGUGCGAGAUCGCCAACCUAAAUCACCAUCUGACAUCUUUCUCUUACAUCUUGCCCUUUCAGACCUCUUCCUACUUCUUAGUCUUCCCAACAGACUCUUCUACCAUCUCUCAGGAAAUAGUUGGCCUUUUGGCUCACUGGCUUGUAGACUGUCUGGCUUUGUUUUCUACCUAAACAUGUAUGCCAGUCUUUAUUUCCUAGCAGGGAUAAGUAUUGAUAGGUACUUGGCAAUUGUCCACCCUCUCAACUCUGUCAAGAUCCGAAAGCCCUUACACGCUCAUGUUGCAUGUGGCUUCUUGUGGGCUGUUGUUGCAUUUGCUACAGCCCCAUUACUAUUAGGCCGGAGAGCAUCAAUGGAAGAUAAUGUUUGUCGUUUAUUGUAUCGGGAGACACCAUCUUUGCGGGCACUAUCCUCUCUUUGUGCAGCAUUUGCCAUCCCCUUCUUGGCCACAGUGAUUUGCUAUGGACUUAUUUUAAGGCGCCUUAGAAAAGGAGGUGACAGGAAACCAAAAGAGCGUGCCGUGAAGAUGGUUCUACUGGUCUUAACAAUAUUCCUGAUCUGCUUUGUUCCUUAUCAUCUGAGUCGUACGUUGUAUCAUGUUUUGAUGCCUGGAGGUGAGAGCACAGACAUACCACCUUCUUGUGACUUAAGGCAAGGUUUGGCGUUGGCUAACAGAUUUACUUCCUGCCUUAGCACCCUCAAUGCUGCCCUAGAUCCAUUGGUUUACUUCUUUGCUGUUAAGAAGUUCCGUCAGAGUCUUGUUCAGUUUCCAUGCAGGCGGGGCAGGAGAGACACUGGAAAAAAUCGUGAGGAAGGCCGAACAGAGGACAGCUCACUCAGUGCCAAGACAGAAGUAUAACAGGAAAUUAAGA